AUGUUGUCAAAUUCAAUCAUCGCCGUUGGCGUUCUCCUGACGGGCGUUGCCUCUGGCCAAGUGACCUCCCCGCCAAAGUAUCCUUCGCCAUGGAUCAACGCGGACUUCAACUGGGAGGACCCUUCUCCCGUUCCGACCAACGGUCGAACUUGGGCACAAGCCUAUGAUAAGGCUGUCCAGUUUGUCAGUCAACUCACUCUUCUGGAGAAGGUGAACCUCACUACUGGUGUAGGAUGGGAGGGCGGAAAGUGUGUGGGAAAUACAGGAUCAAUUCCUCGACUUGGAUUUCCAGGUCUCUGCAAUCAAGACUCGCCCCUUGGAGUUCGUGAUACGGACGAAAACUCCGCCUUCCCAGCUGGAGUCAAUGUGGCGGCAACCUGGAGCCGGAACCUGAUGUAUGCCCGAGGUGCGGCUAUGGGAGCUGAGCAUCGGGGGAAAGGCGUGGAUACGCAAUUGGGACCUGUGGCAGGACCUAUUGGCCGUACGCCUGAGGGUGGUCGAAAUUGGGAAGGUUUCAGCCCUGACCCAGUGCUCACUGGAGUUGGCAUGGCUCAGACGGUUCAGGGAAUUCAAGACUCUGGUGUAAUUGCCUGUGCAAAGCAUUUCAUUGGGAAUGAGCAGGAGCAUUAUCGUCAAGGUGGCGCUUCCCAGAAAACGAACGGACAGAACAACAAGCAAGCAGAAUCCUCCAACAUCGAUGACGUUACGCUACAUGAGCUAUAUCUCUGGCCCUUUGCGGAUGCGGUUCGGGCUGGAGUAGGGUCCAUCAUGUGCUCAUACAACCAGGUCAAUAACAGCUACGCAUGUCAAAACAGCUAUAUGCUGAAUUACAUUCUCAAAGAGGAACUGAAUUUCCAGGGUUUUGUCAUGAGCGAUUGGUGGGCACAGCAGUCUGGUGUUGCCAGUGCCCUGGCUGGUCUUGAUAUGACCAUGGCCGGAGAUCAGGGUCUCGCGUCUGGCAACACUUACUGGGGAAGCAACCUUACCGCCGCUGUUAUUAACGGAACUAUUCCCCAAUGGAGACUCGACGACAUGGUUGUGCGAAUCAUGACUUCUUAUUACAAGAUUGGUCGCGAUGUUACCAAAGUCCCAGUCAACUUUGACUCUUGGAGUUUGGAGACCACUGGGCCACAGUACGCGCAGGACCCGAAUAACAGACUUACGACCAUCAACCAGCACGUCAAUGUGCAAGCCAAUCACAAGAAACUCAUUCGGCAGAUUGGUGCCGCCUCAACGGUUCUUCUCAAGAAUACUAAGAAGGCGCUCCCCUUGAAGAAACCCAAGAGCAUUGCCGUCAUUGGAAACGAUGCCCAUGAUAACCCAGCCGGUCCCAAUGCAUGCAGUGACCGAGGCUGCUCUAACGUCAAGAACGGCUAUCCCAUCUGGACCCUCGCCAUGGGUUGGGGAAGUGGCACUGCCAACUUCCCGUAUUUGAUUAGUCCCGUUACUGCUCUUGCUGCUCAGGCCCAGAAGGACCGGACCGGCUUCAGAAACGUGAGCGACAACUUUGAUACAAAAGCCAUCAUAAAGGCAGCUUCAGGUGCUGAUGCUGCUAUCGUCUUUGUCAACGCUGAUAGCGGCGAAGGCUACAUCACUGUCGACGGCAAUCAGGGUGAUCGAAACAACCUCACCGCCUGGGGUAACGGCGACGCAGUGGUCUCACUGGUUGCACAGCAUAACCCAAAUACCAUCGUUGUCAUGCACACUGUAGGACCCAUCAUUGUGGAAGCCUACAAGAACAACCCUAAUGUUACUGCCAUUCUCUGGGCUGGUCUCCCUGGCCAAGAGUCAGGUAACUCCAUCACCGAUGUUCUCUAUGGCAAGGUCAACCCCCAGGCCAAGUCUGUCUUUACCUGGGGCAAGGAUCGUAGUGACUGGGGCACUGAUGUCGUCUACACAACCGCCGAAGAUCCCUUACAGAUCCCGUAUACCGAGGGAACCUUCAUUGACUAUCGUCAUUUUGAUGCCGCUGGUAUUGAACCAAGCUAUGAGUUUGGCUUUGGCCUCAGCUACACCACAUUUACCUAUUCUGAUCUUCGGGUUGUCAAACAUAAGGUCCGCAAGUAUACCCCCAACAAGGGCAAGACCUCAUCUGCACCCACGCAUGGAACUAUCAACAAGAAUCCUGCAGCAAACGAGUUCCCUAAGAACAUUGAUCCAAUUCACCUCUACGUCUACCCAUACCUUGAGGGUCCCGUUCCUGAGGGGCAGCCGGAAGACGUCCCUGCAGGAUCUCAGGAUGGGUCGCCCCAGAAAGUCGCCCCGGCUGGUGGCGCUCCUGGUGGAAACCCUGGCUUGUACGAUGUUCUCUAUACUGUCACGGCCCAAAUCGAAAACACUGGAAAAGUGACGGGUACCGAAAUUCCGCAGCUAUAUGUGAGCCUGGGUGGCCCAAGUGAUCCUGUCCGUGUUCUGCGAGGAUUUGAUGAUAUUGAGAUCCUUCCUGGCCGAUCUGCCACCGUCACCUUCCAGUUGACAAGACGUGAUCUGAGUAACUGGGACCCGUCAAGCCAGAACUGGGUUAUCUCUGAUUAUGCCAAGACUGUCUAUGUAGGAAGCUCUUCAAGGACUUUACCCUUGAGCCAGGUUCUUCCUUAG